UCUCGCGCCUACAGUGGAGGAAUCGAACGUCCCCGAGCGCACACGGCGAAGAGGAGCGUACCGCGGCGCACGAGUGUCUGGAAGGGAGAUAACGGUCCGUGCUCAAACAACAAGAAUAAACCAAACCUGAGUUUUUAGGGGGGUUGACAGAGUCUGGUGCUCACCAGGAGGAGGGAAGCGACGGGUUGGAGCCGCAGGUUUUUUUUUUUCUUUUUUCAAUUUUGUCUUUUUUCUUUUUCUUCUCUCGUUUUUCUCCCCCCCCCCCCCCCCCCAAAAAAAAGAGAGGAUUCUGUUUUUUCCGCGGUGGUUUGUUUCUUCACUCUCGCCGCAAAGAUGAUGGUCGGAGAGGUCGAAGUGAAGGAGCGACCGAGGCCGAGUCCCGACUAUUUGAUGCAGUUGUUGAACGAGAAGAAGCUCAUGACGAGUUUGCCGAAUCUCUGCGGCAUCUUCACGCACCUGGAGCGGCUGCUCGACGAAGAGAUCAACAGAGUGCGUAAAGACAUGUACAGCGACACAGUGAAUGGCCUUGUGGAAAGACACCCGUUGGAGCUGCCUGAACCUCUCGGACCCAUCGUCCACCUGCAGGAAAAACUGUUUGUGCCUGUCAAAGAGUACCCCGAUUAUAAUUUUGUGGGGAGAAUCCUUGGCCCUCGGGGUCUCACAGCCAAACAGUUGGAAGCAGAGACGGGAUGCAAAAUCAUGGUGCGAGGAAAGAGUUCCAUGAGGGACAAGAAAAAGGAGGAGCAGAACAGAGGGAAGCCAAACUGGGAACACCUAAAUGAAGACCUUCACGUCCUGAUCACGGUGGAGGACACACAGGGCAGAGCUGAGAUCAAGAUGAGGAGAGCGGUGGAGGAGGUCAAGAAGCUCCUCGUACCUGCUGCGGAGGGAGAGGACAAUCUGAAGAAGAUGCAGCUGAUGGAGCUGGCGAUCCUCAAUGGGACGUACAGAGACAACAACAUCAAAACACCCACCUUUGCGUUCUCUCUUGCAGCGGCGGCUGCGGCCGCUCAGGGCCACCGUCUCAUAGCGGCCCCCACGGGUCAGGUGUUGCCUCCCCAGGCACUCCGGCCCCAGACACCAGCCGGGGCCCCCAUCAUGAACCUCAUCCGGCCCUCUCAAAUGGCUGCCAUGCUGCCCAAUGGCACGCCCACCCUGGUGCCUCCCUCACCUGAUGGCGGGCUAAUCUACACCUCCCCUUACGAGUACCCUUACGCCCUGGCACCCACCUCCCUGCUGGAGUACCCCAUCGAGCACAGUGGGGUUCUAGGUAAGAGAGCCUGGGGAAGCAUGGGUGCAGCAGGUACAACGCUCAACUUUAGCCAGCCUGGACAGGAGUUGUUUUACCCCGGAGGGGUGCUGGACGCGGCUUCCAUGAGCCACAGUCAGGACUUUUUGAAAGUGAGUGGUUUCUGUUGCGAUCUAGGUGCAAUGGCUACUAAAGUGAGACGGCAUGACACGCGGGUCCAUCCUUACCAAAGGAUUGUGACCGCUGACAGAGCCGCCACCGGCAACUAACACAUGACCUUCUGACCUCUGAACUCUUCACCCAAUGACGAGCCGCCCCAAGCCUGCCUGCUGAUCAGUUAACUGGUAAUUGCCUUUUGCUAGCCUCUCGGACGCAAGUGACACACACAGAGAGAGAGAGAGAGAGAGAGAGGCGCCUGCCCGUACAGUUACCCUAACACGUUCUGACAAAAAAUAUAUAUAUGUAGACACCGACGCAGAGUCUUCACAGAAACACAACCAAACCCAACAAAGUUGUGUAAUAUUCAUUUUUUUCUUCUGUUCAUUGAGUUCAAUUCCCAUUCUUUCUCUUUCUUUUUCAUCAUGAAUCAUAUACUGGGUGGAUGUGUCCGUGGUAUUACUCAUGAAUCUGCACUGAAUUAUAAAGCAAUAAAGACCCCACCCCACCCUGCCCACCCACUCCCCUUUAAUUUGGUGACCUCACUUGUUUGAAUCAAACUUCAACAUCUAUUUGACGCGAACCAUUUGCUCUCAAAGUAAUGACAUAAUCCCUCUCAAAUGUCUAUCCACCCUUCCCAAAAAAACCAGACAAAAUUCUGAAGAGGCCCCUACCUGCUCCCUCCCACCCUGUUCCACCGCCCAUCUGUUGGGAAAGAAAAAGAAAUAGAAGGAAAGAGAACCCACACUCACAUUAACUUGUUUAAUUUCUGUCAUUAUUUACAUGUACUGCAGUUGUUGAGCUCUGAGAUGUAACGAUGAGCUGACACAUUCUGGGUGUGCCCCUCAAAACAGCUUUUUUUGUCUGUUUUUUAAAAAAAAACGCAUGGCUGAAAUGAUUGCAAAAGGAGCUUUUUAUGAUUUGUGUUUUUUCUUCUGUCUAUUUUUUUAUUUCUAUUAUUUUGCUUUACUUUUGAGUCAUUUUCUCCACUUGAUUUUGGUUUUCUCUGUUGUUCACAUUUGACAAUUUAGUUUUGCUUGAAUCAACCAGCCACUAUAAGGCAGGUGGUUAAUCUCUGGAAGUUUAGAUGCAAUCUGAUGUUUGAAGCAGGCUGCAAAAACUGAGAAAUGAUGAAGGGCAAGAUGGGAAGGUCAAAAUUGGGCUGAUGGGUGUGUGUGUGUGUGUGUGUGUGCGUGUGUGCGUGUGUGUGAUUUUGUUUUUGUUUGUUUUUUAAUUAAAACUACAAUGAAAGUAGGGUGUGCUGAGGCUCCGGGGACAUUGGCGCAGUGUUGCUUCGCCCCCAACCACACUACAUUCAUUUUACAGUGCCUGAUGUAUUUAGAAGAAUAUCUCAAUGAUUUAGCUGAGCUGUGAUCAAAAAGACAAAAAAAAAAAAGUAUUAAGUGUGCAUAUUUAGCCAAAGGGUUUUCCAAUGAAUUAUAUAUCUGCAAUUAUGCAUCUGUCCGACAGGGCUCUUUUUUUUUUUUUUGUGAUUCUAGGGUGUGGAUUUGUGGUGCCUGCCUUCAGCUGGAACAGACGGAUGGUCAGUUAGAGGGUUUUUGACCCAUUAAUGUUCCAUUUUUUCUGAGUAGGUUGAACGCAAUAUCGUCAAGUAACACUAAAGCAACAUGCUACUCCAUUACAGUACAUUGCUAGGGGGAAGGGCACAUACAGUUAAGUACAUGGAAGCUUUUGUCAGGACACUCAGAUUCUAUAUUGAGUUGGUUCAUCAGCCACGCUGCCAAAUUGGUGUUUUGGCCAAUUUUUUGUCAAGUGAUUUAUUUUUUUUAUCAUUAUUUUUUGGUUCUCAGUCUAACAUUCAACCAGUUUGGACAUUAGGUGGGUAUAAUCUGAGCCUUCGCGCAAUUUCAAAUUCUAUUUUGAGUUUGAAUUAUUUUAGUGAUGGAGCAUUCUUCUUUUUUUUUCAACACAUGCCAAACCAUCCAAAAGUGCAUCCACAAUGUGUCACACCUCCCUGAGAUCGUAGUCUAGAUCCUGAGCCCCACAAAUUUUUUCUUUUUGUUAUUGUUUAACUCUCUCAAGAAAAAAUAGGAUGUGAAAGCCAUGCCUGCCUGUUCAAAUUGCUUUAUACAUACGUCUUAUAUAUAUAUAUAAAUAUAUAUAUAUAAAUAUAUAAAAAUGUAGAUAUCUGUCAUUGCAUAUACAAAUACAGAAGAGAACAAAAAAUAGAUCAUUUUACAGGGUGCUGGAGACGAGAAAAAAAUUGAAAAAUCUAUUUUUGCCAAUUUUAGCUUUUGAUACUUUACUUGCAUUUACAAAAUCUGAAAAAAUUGAAUAAAAAAAAAGAGAAAGGUUUAAAACAGUAUAUAGGGAAAACAGAAAUACCGAGUGGGUGUGUGGGAAAGGAGCUGUUACCGUGGAUAUGAUUGGAAACGAAGACGAAGACCCAAACAGUCAGAACCUUCGCAGAGUUAGCUGAUCAGAGAGCGAGAGACGAAACGUCCAGAGAGUUUAAAACAAGGAUCAAAUCAAAGUGCCUUAUCAACAGUGGUUUCUGUUUUCUGAGUGUUCCAGUUGUGUUCAAUAAUAUCCAGCUCCCACCGAGUGGCGCAGAGAGGAAUGGCUCGUGUUCCACGCUCUGAACCCUCGAGCAGGGUAGCUCCCACCGCGUCGUGGUGUUACCCAAGUUACUCUAUGCAAAAAGAAUAGCAGUCAUUUUGACCAGCUAAAAUAUGUGCCAUGGUUUUGUCUUCCUGAAAUUACUUUAUUUUCUUUUUUCCUUUACUCGACGGCCCUUUACUCUGCUGUUUGAGCAGCUUUUCUUCGCUUUGAUUUUAAUGAUUUAGAAGUACUUUGUUAAAAUCUUUUCUUUUUGAUUUUUGGUGACUGUGACUACCUUCCUAGAACAAAUCUAACUGCCAAUAAGCGAUGCGGUAGUCUGCCAGAACAUGUUUUGACCGUGAGCUGACAAAAAAACACAUUCAAGACAAGGGAUAUGAAAGUUGGGGGGGGGGGGUCGUUUGUUUCAACAGCUUCAAACUGAACAAAUCCAGUCCGUGUCAAUGUUUUGAUGUCAAUAUAACAACAUUAAAAAAUCUAUCAGUACAAUCAUAAGAUUUAUAAUGGACAAAUAAAAAGCUGGUUAGUGAAAACAGUUUCCAGUUAUUGAAGCAACCGACAGGUUAUCACCGGAAGGUCAAAUGAACUCAUAUUAAAAUGAGAGAAUUGAUAGAUCCCAACAUUAUCCGUGGCAGUUUUUUUGUUUUUUCUACUCAUAGCUCUUUCAUCAUGCUGUUACACCGGAAAGGUCAAUGAAAAUUCUCUUUUCUUUUUUCAGUGUUAUUAUUAUUUUAAAUUGAAAUGCAAUAUUAAAAAAAAAAAAAGCGGAGCAAGAGAUGGCUAUUCAGCAUUUGACAGUAUUAAGAAUUUUCCCUCUGCAAUGUUACAACAUGCUGUGUCAUUGUGAAAGGCUGGACAAGUCCAUCAGGUGAAAGGUGAACUCUAUACCGACCGUAUUCUCUCUGGCCUGCCUACUACAUGUAUGAUAAUGUAAUUAACAGCCAUUGUUACAGGUUUAUAAUGUAUUUUUCUAAUCUCAUUUUAUAUGUAUAUUAAUCAUGUUUUCUGAGUGCUUCUUUUUUUUUAUGAAACCCACUGCUACCCCCCCUCCUCUUCCUCCCCCCUUUUCUCUUUUACAUCUUGGAAACUGUCUCUCGUGGGGCGUGUUGCCUUUUUUUCCUUGUUAUAUUUUGUUUUUUUUGUUUUCUUGCCGAUUCCCAGCUUGUUUAACUCAUUAGCUACUUUAUUAGUUUCCUUGUCAUAAGUAUUUUUACAUGCUUGCAUUUAGUUUUCAUGGUGUAUGCUGUUAUUUUUUUCUUAUUAACCUCUUGGCAUUUAUUUUAAUAAAACAUUCUUAGUAAGAAUUUUACUAACUUGCUGAUAUUUUGUCUUGUGUUUUUAACCAGUUUCAUGAAUGUAUUACCUUGGUCUGGUUCACGGACUAACACAAUUAAAACUGGUGUCUGGCCACCACUCACACUGACUGACGACACGCACACCACAUGGACACACGCACACACACACACACACACACACACACACACACACACACACACACACACACACACACACACACAACACAACACAACCUAACUGGAAACUGCACGAGUUGAUAAGCGCCCCUCACUCCCGCUCACGCACUCUCACCUCUGCGCUGGAGAAACCUGCUGACACCCUUCAUACUUGCCCUCCCCGCUCCGUUUCAACACCGCUGCUGUGUCUCGUCGUCUCUGUCGGAGACAACUCUCCUGUUGGUUGUCCUGUCCCUCUGUGUCACUGACCUCGCCCGGCGGCAGGAAGACGCGUGGCAGUGUCGGGGCGAAUGGGGGCGGGAGGGGAGGGUAGGGGGUCGCUGGUUAACUUCUGGGGCCUCGGCUCUGCCCCCUCUUGAACAGAGCCAUUUAAAAAGUGGAUGAUCUGUCUGUUCACACGAGUCAAAACAAAACCCUGUAAUCCCCCCCGAAGAUAAAACUCCCUGACGUUCACACAGACAUCCUCUUUUUUUGUUGUUGUUGUUGCAGCGCAUCAGUCAGUGCAGGGGGCUAGUUAGAAUCUGUGCACAAAAAGAAAGGAAAGAAAAAAUGACUGCAUGUGAAUCAUCUCAAAAGGAUUAAUUUUUACUGUGAAUAUGCAGAGCAGAACAUCUCAUCAGCGCCCAUUAUGGACGGCGUGAGUUAUUUACGACGGUUCUAGACGGCAGUAAGUGUGUAUCAUCUGACGCCGUCCCCUGCUGGUUUGUUAGUGUUUUUGUGCGCCUCCGUGGCUUGUGGUGCUGGAUAGCAGCAUUACAGUUAUCACCAGCUGUGGCCUGUUUGGUGAACACGCGGCUUAUUGAUGCUGCAGCUAAUACGGGGCCGUCCGGGAGCCUCCGUAAUGCUUCGACACACACCAGGAGCACCGGCGUGCCAAUAUGAAGUACUUUGGGAUCAAAACAGCCUUACUAUUCUUUCCUGUGCAAAACGCUGAUAUGGCUCUCAGCUAGCUAGUAUUUAUUGUCUAGUUUGUUUUCAGUCUGAAACACUGGCAGUGCACUCGUUCGUCCCUGGGUUCAUUCAGCUCUUCUCUCUGUUCGGCUUUCUCCCUCCUCCUCUUCCUCCUCCUCCUCCUCCUCCUCACUAAUUCAAGGUAUUGACACUGACACACGCAGAAGAUUAACUUCAUUAAUCCUGAUUAUUACUUUAACCCACUGAGUGAUGCCUUCCGGAUUUUUUUUAUUUUUAUUCCUUCAUCCUCCCUUUUUAAAUCUGCACAACGACAACAACAAAACAAAAAAACAACCAACGUGGCCUUAAGUGUGGCGACUGUCUUCGCGUCUCAGCGAGCAAAAAAAGGGUCUAACGUCAGAGUUAACGUUUGUCUGAGAUUAACAGUUUGUGUCUUCGAUCUGAAGACGGGUGUUUUUCACCUGUGACACCUGCUCGUUGCACCAGCACGUAGAGACAGAGAUUACUGGAUCACUGGCAGCCAGCCCCCUCCUCUCUUUACAUUUGGCCUCGUCAGUUGCUGUUUCAAUGUGUUUACUGACGUCAGUUUGGCCCUUAAUGUUUUUGAUUGACUCCUCUGUGCCUUUAAUGAGCAAACCUGAGCUAAGAUCCGUCCAUCAGCAGGCGUUAGAUUUCUUCCGUCACCAGCCUUUGCCUUUUAUAUGUCCCGGACGUUUUCAUUGGCUCGCCCUUGAAAAACAAGCUGAUAAAAAAAGGAAAUGAUGGGCAAGGGUAUUUUCCUCCCAGAGCACAAGGUGUUGAAAACACUGCCUAAAUAUUGCAUCUGUGAGGUAAAAGAAGAAAAAAAAUAAGUGCCUUUUUUCCUGAGAUUGGAAGAUAAUAUAUUUUUGUACCUUAUCAUUCAGUGCCAAUGUUCUGUCGUCGUCGUCCCCCCCCCCCCCCCCCCCCCCCCCCCCCCCCCCCCGUUGAGCACAAACAAGAAAACUAAAUGCCCACGGCUUCUUUCCCCCCAAAGCACAAUGUACAGAAACUUCAUAACAUAAAUAGGGAAAGGAUGACCAAAGUGAGGAAUGUGGUCAUCAGCGUUUCCCUCCAUUAAAACUUUGGCUUAAUGGCUCCUGUUUUUUUUUUGUUUUUUUGGAUUUGAUCACCCGAGAACUUUUUGUUCUUGUUCUUCUGAUCGGACCACAGAACGCAGGAAAGGGCUGCGGCGUCUCAGUGCAUCGCCGACUCUGUCGCAGGGCAUUCAGUGUACUUAUCUACUAACUUCCCUCGCCACCUUGUCAAUCUUUUAUUUUCCUUCUGUUCUGUUUAACAAACAUUCCUCCAAUGAGUUAAACGGCAGGUUGACCGAUCAGUAUUGGUCUCAGCGAUGUAGCACUCAGGUGGUGAAAGGGCAAAUGCUACCAAAUUACAGAAUGAGAAGAAAAUUAGCCCCACUGGAUUUAUUUUUCUCCAUAUAUUUUUGACUGUGAUGAAUAUGCAUUAGAAAAUAUAAGACAUUUUUUUGUUGAUAAAAUUAUACUAGUAUGAUAUAUACUGUAAGUUCCUCAUCUAUAUAGUGGUGCACUAAAAUCUGUGAGAGUUGUAAGUUUUUAUGUGAAGUAGCCUUUAUUUUGUUUUGUGUUUCCUUGUUUUUUUUUAUAGAGGGUUAGACUGAGAGAAGAAAAAAAUGAAUAGGGUGUAAAACAUGUAAUGCCAGUUUUUGUUGCUCACACCAAAAAAAAAAAACAAGAAAAGAAAAAGGAAAACAAAUGUCAUGUGUGCAAUAAAGAACCAUAUUUACAAGCUUC